AUAGAAUUAUCCCUGCCCCGGAUAGCGUUGAGGGGACUAGGAUUUUGAACUGCUCUAGGGCCCAGGGUUUUGGGAAUUUUAGGGUUUAUGGCAAUGUGGCAUAGAGCUAGGUUGUGCUCCACUAGCAAACUCCGUAAUUUCUCCACAGCUGUACGACAACAUAUCGAAGACGAGGGGGAUUGGUUCUACUCCUCUGAAUGGUGGGGUGACCAGUCCGAUGGCCACACUGUUCUCCGAUCAACUUCCGACAAAGGAAACGGCGUCGUCUCCGUUGUUGCUCACCACUCUUCCAGACCGAGUGAAAUUCAUUGGCCAGGAAUGGAGAGAUGGCUUCAGGAAAGGUAUGCAGAGAUGCAUCCAGGUUCUGAAAACAACGAAAAAUUCAGGAUACUUGGUUAUCAAUGGCGUGUGCUUCGCUUCAAUGAUGAAACUCGCCAAAGCACUGCUAAAAUAAUGGCUGCUUACCGGGAAUCAGAUCCUGGUUCUGUAUUCAUUAUGCAGCAGGCGAAUUGUCUGGCUGUUCCAUAUCUGAAGAGUGUGUUAUCAGUUGGGUUGGCUAGCAUAGCAUCUUGUAAUUAUGAUCUCAUGAAUGCAGUAAAUGGGAAGAAGACAAUGAAUAUUUUGUGCAUCGGCCAUGGUGGGGGAAGCCUACCUCUAUUUUUGGCUAGUAAAAUUAAAGGUGCUGUUGUUCAUAUAGUUGAAAUUGACCCUCUUGUUAUCUCAGCCUCAACCCAAGCAAUGGGGUUCCCGCAUUUCUCAGUCAUGAGCCCAUCAGGUGAGCGUGUUCUCUCAGAACCGGAUCCAAUCAGUGAAGUAUUUUGGAAAGGUGUACAUGAGAGGCUCUUUCUCUUCGAAUCAGAUGCGGAGGAGUUCAUCCAGAAUGCCAAUAAAAUCUAUGACAUGGUCUUUGUUGAUGCUUAUGAUGGUGAUGACAUCUUUCCCUACAAGCUACGGGACCCAAAUUCCCCAUUCCUCAAAGCUCUCAAGAACCGGCUUAACUCUGAGCAUGGGACAGUAGUGGUAAACCUUCACUCAGAUUCAGACAUUCUGGAUAAUGUUGGGUCCAUUCCUUCUCCACCGAUGGGAAGGUAUGUUUCUGGAGUAUGCCGAGCAUAUAAGGAUGUGGUAGCCGGAAAUGGAAGGUGCGGGUUGGGAUUCACAGUUUCAGCUCCUUGGGUGUGUAAUACAUCUCUUGCUGUGUGUAGAGGGUUCCGGACAGAUGGUGGUAGUUUAGACAGGGAUAAGGUUCUGAACACUCUAAUAUCUAAAUCCCUUGAAGUGGAAAAUGUUAUGAACUUGCCUUUCUCAUGUUUGCAGUAUAUAAAGAGGGGCUUCAUUCUUGCUGAUUAGUCUUUGAAAGCCCAGUCAUGGAAGCAGUUACCCAUGAUCCCUGGUUUUCUGCCAAGUGAAUUUCCAGAAAUUGGGUUGGCUUCCUAGUUGUUUGUUCUACUUCUACCCAUUCCAGAUUAACAGCACAGACCAUCGGGUGGUUGUACCAAUUUUGGCUUCACUUUUCAAGGGGGUGAAGCAAUCAGAACUACUCAUCAUUUGCACCAAAUAAAACUCUUUUCUGCUGUCAGCAUUUGUGUUUGAUUAUACAAACAUGGAAAAAGGGAAAAGGAAAUUUUGUAAGUGUCUUGGUGUACAGUGGUUGUGUGCUUGAUAAAUUAAUAGCAUGAGCUCUUGGAACUUUGAA